AUGAUGUGGAUUGAAUGGACGCUGGUACUCGGUUUGCUGUGUUUGGGGUUAUUAGUCAUUAUACGAUGGCCACAACCAACCCAAUCAACGAAAGGCAACAACGAUGAAUACAACAACCGCCUUAUUAAAACCCAUCACGACGAUAAACCUUCCAAUGAUCUUAAGGUUCAACCCAGUACCAAAUUAUCGACCACACCUCAAGUUCGGGUUGAUGAUCAAAACUUACUUUGUAUUGAGAGAACGGAGGCUAUUCCUUCAUCAUCAUCUUCAUCGACAUCAUCCUAUCCUCAUCGACUUUCUCAACUUUUGACCGCUACAAUUACUCCAGAACUCGUCGAGUAUGCCUCAAAUGUAUUGUCCCGAAGACCCUCCUACCUCGAUAAUGAUGUAUGUGGUAUUAGACGUGAUUCGUACUCAACACGUACACGUUCCUCCUCCAACCAUUCCUUCACUUCCAAGACACCUUCUGCUAUUCUCAAACCAACCACUCGAGUACGGGCAACCUCAUGGUCCGAUGGCAUGAAACUAGCAGAGAAAUCUGCUGAAUUAUCCAAAAAACCAAGUAAGGAUGAAGUAUUGAGCACACUUGUACGCUACAAAUUUCCAUCUCAUGCCUAG